CAUUUAACACUGAAAAGAGUGAAUAGAAGAAAAUAAAAAGAAAAUGGAAGAGGGAAAGGGUAGAGUGUGUGUAACUGGAGGCACAGGUUUUCUUGGUUCAUGGAUCAUCAAAAGGCUCCUUCAAGAUGGUUACUCUGUUAACACCACCAUCAGAUCUGAUCCCAAGAGAAAAAGGGACAUUAGCUUCCUCACAAAUCUGCCUGGUGCAUCCCAAAAAUUGAAAAUCUUCAAUGCUGACCUCAGCAAUCCAGAGAGUUUCACUGAAGCAAUUGAGGGGUGUUUUGGGGUUUUCCACACAGCUACACCAAUUGACCUUUUAGUAACUGAACCGGAGAAGUUAGUUACAAAAAGGACAAUUGAUGGAGCACUGGGAAUCCUUAAAGCAUGCCUUGAUUCAAAAACAGUUAGGAGAGUGGUUUACACGUCGAGCGGCGCCGCCGUGUCGCGGAUCGGAAGAGAAGAAGGCGAAUUGGAGGCAGUGGAUGAAAGUAGUUGGAGCAAUGUGGAAUAUCUUAGAAAUUUGAAACCAUAUGGCUGGUCUUAUGGAGUUGCUAAGACAUUAACGGAGAAGGCAGUGCUUCAAUUUGGUGAGGAGACUGGUUUGGAAGUUGUCACUCUAAUUCCUCCUUUUGUUGUUGGAUCUUUCAUUUGUCCUAAGCUUCCUGAUUCUGUUGAGAGAGCAUUGCUUUUGGUAUUAGGGAAGAAGGAUGAAAUUGGUGUUACACGUAUGCAUAUGGCACAUGUUGAUGACGUGGCAAGAGCUCAUAUAUUCCUGCUUGAGCAUCCUAAUCCAAAAGGCAGAUAUAAUUGUUCUCCAUUCAUUGUAUCUAUUCAACAAAUUUCUCAACUUCUUUCUGCCAAGUAUCCACAAUUUCAAAUACCAACUUUAGAUGAGGUGAGGGAAAUUAAAGGAGUGAAGCAACCAGAAUUGAUCUCAAAGAAGCUCACAGAUGCUGGAUUUGUGUUCAAGUAUAGCUUGGAGGAAAUGUUUGAAGAUGCAAUUGAAUGCUGCAAAGAGAAGGGUUUUCUUUGAAUGUUUUAAAACAUUGUAUCUAUCUUUGAUCCAUCUUAGUCAUCAAGUCAAUAAAGCAAUAAAGUGCCCAACAUCAUGAUCUUUAAGUUUCAUCAAUUUCAUAUGGCCAAUUAUACGGUACAAUGUGAGGUAAAGAUAUUCUUUUUGAAUGAAUGAGGCAUUAACAUCUGGAUACUUAUUUUUGUGGAGGUUGCAAGCUUGUAAUGUGGCUUUAAGUGUAGCCGUGUAGGUGUAUUCUUGUGAGCCGAUCUAAUGCAAACAGGGUAGUUAGAUGGUGGGCUGUGUUUUGAUGUAUGGCUUGUUUUUUUCAAUAAUAAACUAGUUAUAUAAGUGUGGGUUUAUUAAUGGAUUGGUCAACCAAAAUUUUUGGCA